AUGACUUCGAUUAAGUCGAACGAGAAAGUUGUUGAUGGAGAUGAUAUUGAGUCCCAGAGAGCGGAAGAUGGGAUCGUGGAGAAUUUCAUCACCCCACAUUCUCUCACUGCCAUUCUCAAAAGGCUGGCCAUGGCCGGUGUGGAGAUGAGAGGUCUUGACCCGAUCCCGGUGGAGAAACGGACUCAUACGAGAUAUUAUAACAUUUUCACAUUAUUUGGAGGAUCGUUCCUUUCUCUUCUUCCUUUGAGUAUCGGCGUCACUCCCACCUUAGCAUUCGGUCUGUCCUUUAAAGAUGCCGCUGCUAUGAUUGUGACUAUGCAAUUUGUCUUUGUUCUACCCACUCUCUAUAUAUUGACUUUGGCGCCUCAACUGGGCAUGAGACACCUUAUAGUCAUCCUCGAGGUUCUGAUAUUUGGAAUCUUGGCUACGGUCGCAGGGGCCGAAUGCCUCGCCGCCGUCCGACCAGGCACUUUACCAAUCGAAGGAGCAAUCGGUAUCAUUCUUGCCGUUGCUUUCUGCAUUGGCUUCAUUGGAUACAAGGCCCUUCAUUUCAUCUGCCAAUAUAUCUGGAUUCCCAGUGGCAUAUCGAUAUUGAUACUUGUCGGCUGUGCCGGCAGCAAAUUAUCGACCCAAACACCCGCGUCUUCCUUUGGGCCUGCACCAUAUCUAGCGACUAUCUCAAUAUGUGCAGCCAACAUGGCAACUUGGGGGACGAUUGUGGGAGACUAUGCAUGCUAUAUGCCUCCGCAAGCUCCACGACUUCGCCUUGCCUUGUAUUGCCUGGCAGGACUGUACGUCCCAUUCUCGCUGAUGAUGAUCCUCGGCGCGGCAGUUGGCGGUGCUAUCCCUUCCAUUCCUUCGUGGACGUCAGCGUAUGCUACAGGUGGCGUGGGAGGUGUACUAGGAGAAAUCCUCAUCCCUCGUCUAGGGGGAUUUGGCAGGUUCAUCCUCAUCCUUCUGGGUAUGUCAAUUGUCACUACAUCCGCGCGUGAUAUGUAUAGCAUGUCUCUAUUUACUGUUGCUGUCGUUCCGUGGCUAGGCAGGGUACCGCGGGUGUUUAUUCUGUGUGGAGCAGCGGCUGUCAUGGUCGGUGUUGCCAUUGCAGCCUCGCGCUCGUUCCUUUCCACGCUGAGUACUUUGGUGAGCAUUGCAGGCUAUAUGACGGGGCCGACAGUCUGCGUUUUUCUGAUCGAGUGGUUAUAUUUUCGUAAGGCAGACCCCGCCAAUCUGGACCCGGCUAUCUGGAAUGAUGCUGCUGCUCUCCCUUCGGGCAUUCCAGCCAUCAUUUCCAGUCUAGUGCCUUGGGCUCUCAUUGUCACAUCCAUGUCCACGGGUUGGUAUGUGGGGCCGAUUGCUAUGCGAGUUGGAGAUCUGGCGUAUGAAUUGGGCACAGUGACUGCUGGACUGCUAUAUUUCCCACUGAGGCUGUUGGAAGUUCGCUGGCUUGGGCAUGUUUGA